AUUCUUUUUUAAUAGCACAAUCAUCUCCAUCCUCAACCAUCAAAGCAUCAUUCAAGGUUUGUAUUCAUGGCUGCCAUGAACUCUAGUGUCUUAGCUUGCAGUUAUGUUCUCUCUGCAGGCUCUGAUCUCAGCUCGAAACUUGCUUCGGCUCCAACCACGGCCAUCGCCACUCCAAAGUUGCCCGCCAUUAGAGCUCAACAAUCACGGACCGUGCUUCAAGCCAAAGCGGCUGAGGGAAGAAGGGCUGCCCUUCUAUCCCUGGCAGCCAUCGUCUUCACCACCACCGCUGCCACUUCCUCUGCCAAUGCCAGUAUCUUCGACGAGUACCUUGAGAAGAGCAAAGCCAACAAGGAACUGAAUGAUAAGAAGAGGUUGGCUACAACCGGUGCCAACUUCGCCCGUGCGUACACUGUCGAGUUUGGCACCUGCAAGUUCCCGGAGAACUUCACCGGUUGCCAAGAUCUAGCUAAAAAAAAGAAAGUGCCAUUCAUCUCCGAUGACUUGGAUCUCGAGUGCGAAGGCAAAGACAAGUUCAAGUGUGGAUCCAAUGUCUUCUGGAAAUGGUGAUUAAAAUGCCACAUCAUGUCAUCAUUCCAUAGUCUUCUUCUUCUUCUCCAUCUAUUGUACUUAUAAUUUUAUUACUUCAUAAGCUUUUAAUUUCUAUGUUCUUUAAUUAAUUCA